AUGGAAACAAAGGCCAUUCUGUUGGAAAAACUCACGGCAAGGAGCUGGAUUGAAAUCAGUACUGAGGAAACAGAGAGGAACAUAGAAGGGGAGUUUAACUCUCAUUCUCUCUCAAGAACUAGUCAUACUCCUCCACCAAACCCGCAAAGGGAUCCUGUUUCUCUAACAGGACUCCCAGCUAUUGCAGAGGAGGAAACUACUCCACGAUCAAGGAGACCUGCCUUGGAAUGGAUCUCCCAGCCGAGGACUCCAGUCUUUCAAAGGCUUGGGGAAGCUACAAGCGUGGAUUUGAGUCAUCUUCAAGACAUUGUAUACCAAUAUGAGACUGGGCAUGAACAAGCCCUAGAGGAAAAUCGUAUUCCGGCCUCAUCAAGAGUUAUAGAGCCUACUGAAUUUGACUCAGUGCAAAUCACCAUCCCAAGAGACACCAUGGCUGAAGAAAAAAAGAAGAAUAAGAGGAUUCGAACUCCAGCAAAAAAUUGGAUUGGUAGCAGCCCAUUAGUAGGAGCUUGCUCUCGAAAAAGGAAUGUCUCGAGAGUUCUUAACCCUGCAAAAAAGAAGCCUGCAAUUGUUGGAGCAGAGUUCCUUGAUACGGAAUUCGUCAAUCACUAUACGAUUCCUCUGAUUGGAAGCAGUGGAGGACUGGCACUGAUAUGGAAUAACAAUGUGGAGAUUCAGGUCCUUGAUUGCUCCCCAAACCACAUUGAUACCAAGAUACGCAAUAAAAAUCAGUCAAGCUUCAUAACCUUCAUCUAUGGUCCGUCGCAAACCGAAAUCCGUCAAACUUUUUGGGAUCUAAUCUCAGCCAGAGGAAUGGAAUUUCGAGCUAUCAUGGAGAAGCUUUGGAAAGGAUCAGUCCCUGAAUCGGUGAACCGCAAACUGGACCGAUGCAGAAAUGUUAUUAUCAAAUGGGCUAAGAAGAAAAGGAAGAAUAACCCAAAGGAAAUUAAAAAGGCCCAACAAAAGUUGGAUGAAGCCCUUUCGGCUGAUUUUCCAAAUGACGAUCUCAUUACUAAUAUUACUCAGAGACUUGAGAGUUUUUUAUAG